UUACACAAGGCCACUAAUUCCGGACGGUACUGAGACUCGGGACAAUACGCUUCUAUCGAAAGCAAAGCCCCAGGCUAAUUUCCAACUAUCGGCUAUUCGCUGGAAGGCGAUUCUAAGCGUUGUGAGGCGAGCGGAGGAGACUCAGCUGGCGCUCGGCAAGCAGACUGGGGAGCAGGUCACGUGUCCCUACACCCCCACGUUAGUGAGCGCGCCUUUAACACGUUCAUCUCCGUAAAAGCCGCGAACGCGCAUCAAUACCGUAACAAGACAGGGGUUCUCCCUUCGCACCUAGCGGCGUUACAAAAUAGCAAGACGCCAAUUUGCCAAACCAGAACACCUAAGGAAAUUAUAUUCUACGUUAUGUGCGCUUACACCAAACUAAGACAAUAGGUUGCUAUUGCAGCUGGCUGCCCAGGGAUUUACAUAGCCCACAUAGUUGAUUCGUGAAGCCUAGUGACAAGCGCAUUUAUCAACCAAUUCUGACGGCAUCGAUCCUAGCCUGCCACGGGCAGAACCCCCGAGGGCCACCACUCGUACAGCUGCUGUCUCUUUGACUGACCCCUUCUAAGAAGGGCGCAUCCGCCUCUCCAAUUAGCGGCACCCUCAGAAGUAUUACAGGACUACAGUAAAUCCCUCUAGAGCCCAAGCUCCAGCCUAGCGUGUCUCUAAGUGCCGAAUUACGGACGCGGCAAACCCGAGCUGCGCCCUCACAUCCCCAAAGCUCACUGGGAACUGCGACCUUACACUCUCCCCUCUCUGUAUACCUCCGCCUCCUGUUUAGCCGGACCUUUAUUUCUCACUACUGGAGAUGCGUAUGGUCAGAAUAAAGAGUUAAUGGAAGAGAGGAGCCGGACCCCCCCUCCCUCUAGCGGAGGGAUACUCAACUAGGUUCUAACGUGGUGCUGAGGCUCGACAAGCGAAAAAAAUGUCUGCCUGAGGGAGCCCUACAAGUUCCUAUCGGGGAAAAGAAAACGUGUAGCGGUAAUAAACACGGGUGAAAUCCCACGGAAACCUUGUUUGUGUUGAGCAUCUUGGCACAGAGGCGGGGGAAAACUGCUUUUAAGCGCCGUGAAAGAAGACGAAGCGGGACCUCGAUAAACUUCAACCCAAUUGUUGGAUGUUUGAACGGAAAAAAGGAGUUGAUCUGAGUGGUUGAAGAUGAAUCCUCAGCAGCGGAUGGCCGCUAUAGGAACAGACAAGGAAUUAAGUGACCUGCUGGAUUUCAGUGCGGUACGAUAUCCUUCGGGGUCUUCUUUUGGCUUCUUCCACACGAUGUUUUCCCCACCUGUUAAUAGUGGGAAAACCAGACCCACUACACUAGGAAGCAGUCAAUUCAGUGGAUCUGGUAUGGAUGAAAGAUCAGGUGCUUCUUGGGGAACAAGUGGUCAGUUGAGUCCGUCUUAUGAAUCUUCAAGGGGUUUUACAGACAGUCCUCAUUACAGUGAUCACUUAAAUGACAGUCGAUUAGGUCCCCAUGAAGGAUUGUCCCCAACACCUUUCAUGAACUCAAAUCUGAUGGGGAAAACAUCUGACAGAGGCCCAUUUCCUUUAUUUGGUAGAGAUUCAGCUGUUCCUGGAUGUCAACCUGGCCUCGUCCGAGCAGAUAUUGGACUUGGAAGCUCUGGGCAACUUCCAUCCUCAGGAAAACCUGGUAGCCCUUACUUUCCUUUCUCUGCAUCCAGUUCACGUCGAAGACCUUUACAGGACACACCUGCACUUGAUCCUGUACAAACAAAGAAAAUAAGAAAGGUUCCCCCUGGCUUGCCUUCUUCUGUCUAUGCACCAUCCCCAAAUUCAGAUGACUUCAACAGAGAAUCUCCUAGUUACCCUUCCCCCAAGCCUCCAAGCAGUAUGUUUGCUAGCACUUUCUUUCUUCAAGAUGGAACACAUAACUCAUCAGAACUGUGGAAUUCCUCCAAUGGGAUCAGCCAGCCUGGGUAUGGUGGAAUGCUGGGCAGUUCAUCUUCUCACAUGUCCCAGUCAAGUAGCUUUGGUAGCCUACAUGACCGUUUGAAUUACCCACCCCAUCCAGUCUCACCCACAGAUAUAAAUGCCAGUCUUCCUCCAAUGUCCAGCUUCCAUCGAGGUGGCAACUCAAGCUCCACCUAUGUGGCUGCGUCUCACACUCCUCCCAUCAAUGGAUCAGACAAUCUGUUGGGAAAUCGAGGGAAUGCAGCUGGCAGCUCACAGACUGGGGAUGCACUUGGAAAAGCUCUUGCAUCUAUUUAUUCUCCUGAUCAUACCAGCAGCAGCUUUCCAUCAAAUCCCUCAACUCCUGGCGGCUCACCUUCUCCCCUUCCAGGUGCCAACCAGUGGUCUAGACCCGGAGGGCAGACACCUUCAUCACCAAGUUAUGAAAAUUCCCUUCACUCUUUAAAAAAUCGGGUUGAGCAGCAACUUCACGAGCAUUUGCAGGAUGCUAUGUCCUUCUUAAAGGAUGUCUGUGAGCAAUCCCGAAUGGAAGAUCGUUUGGAUCGACUUGAUGAUGCAAUUCAUGUACUAAGGAAUCAUGCAGUUGGACCCUCAACUAGCAUGGCUGCUGAUAUACACAGUUUAUUGGGUGCUGCACAUAAUGGACCCAUUGCAAGUUUGACCUCCAACUAUGGAACAGCUGGCCUGGUAGCAAACAGCCGACAGACUUCAAUGCAGGUUGCAAAUCACAGAGAAGAAUCUGUAAGCAUAUCCAGUGAACAUUCAGUUCUGUCAAGCACAGUUUCUGCAUCAAACCCAGAAAUUACCCAUAAACCCCAAGAAAAUUACAGAGCGUUAUCUGGGGUAUUGACUGCUCAGUCAGUGAUAUCCAACCUGGCGGAAAUCAAGACUGAGCAUAAAGAAAAGGAUGAGAAUAUACACGAUGGAGUCUCUUCCGAUGAUAUGAAAUCAGAUGAUGAAUCUUCUCAGAAAGAUUUCAAAUCUUCCAGAGGGAGAACAAGCAGCAUCAAUGAAGACGAAGAUUUAAAUCCAGAACAGAAACUGGAGAGGGAAAAGGAGAGGAGAAUGGCAAACAACGCAAGGGAACGCCUGCGUGUUAGAGACAUCAAUGAAGCAUUUAAAGAACUUGGGCGCAUGUGUCAGCUUCACCUGAAGAGCGAGAAACCACAGACAAAACUGCUAAUUCUUCAUCAGGCGGUAGCAGUUAUCCUUAAUCUAGAACAACAAGUCAGAGAGAGGAACCUUAACCCCAAAGCAGCCUGCCUUAAAAGAAGGGAAGAAGAAAAAGUUUCUGCCGUAUCGGCAGAGCCACCAAACACACAUCCAGGAGCGCAUCCUGGGCUUACUGAUACUACCAACCCUAUGGGUCAUAUGUAAACAUCAGUCAGGUCUCCCGCACUAUUGAUAGGAUAUAUAGAAGGUGACCUUUCAUCACAAGGACACAGACAACAUAAGAUACUGACGACACAAAUCUGACAGGAUCACAAGAGAAUGAAGAAGGCAAAAUCAAACGAACUUGAAGCAAAACAUCCAAAAUGCAAUCUAUAGACUGAAGCAAAACACUUCUUAUCAGAAGCUGAAAUCUGCCAAGGGUGAUAUAAUUUCAGCCCAUGAAAUAGUUUGAGCAUAUCAUACCUGUCACCACCGCGUGUCGUUUCUGCACAAUCAGACUGUCAGUGUCUCUCCACGCCCCGUGGGAGCUGCCUUGUGCCUAAACAAAAUUGACAAAUGCAUUGUAUCUACAAAUUUUAUUUAUUAUGGAACUGUUAUAAAAGGUCUACAUAUAAAAGGGAAAAGUUGGGCUGAAAGUGGAGAAGAUUUCAGUUGAUGCCAGCAUUUGUAUAACUGUUCAUAUACAGAGAAUAAAGCAGUGGCAACCUUUGUCCCUUAGCAUUCCCAGCAAACCUAUUAGUGUCUUAACAGUGGAAGGGAAUGGUCUUUUUCUAUCCUUUCCAUUACUUUUGCCAUAUGAAUAGUGUUUUCCAGCUACUGGAAAAUAUUACUUUGGUAUAGUUUAUGUUGUUGUUUUUAAUGUUAUUUUUGGUCUCUGGUAAUCUGAACAGUUAUGGUCAUAGCUAACCUUCCACGCUGAGCUCCAUGCUUUUAAGUAAUAAGCAGUUAUAGAAAGGACUGGAGCAAUACUGUGACCUAGUGUCAUCACAUGAGGGGUAUAUUCUUUUCUCCCCUUUCCUAAAGUAGACAUUGCUUUACUGCUAUGAAGGGAAGAACAUAGGCUUCAUAGUAAGGCUACCUGGGGCAAUGUUUCUAUGCAGUACCUGCUACAUAUAGAGAACAUAAGGCGUUGGCUGUAAGUAAGCACAAAAGGAGAUUCUGCAGGCGGUAAAGACUGGGACUAUUUACCAUAGCAGGUAACGUUAGAACAAAGUGUAGGAUUGAGAUGAAAUGUCUGAAUGAAAUGAGAGCAACGGUCAGUGCUCCUUAUCUAUCAUUUGGAAUGGCAGAUCAUUGUAGGAUUCACAUAAGCGCCCCUUGCAAUCCAGUAACCCUCGAGCCGUACUCGGAUGUUUCCAGUCUAUACAAACCCCUCUGAAUUUCCUUGUAAGCCGUCUUCCACUACUAUGAGCAUAGAAGGGAAGGACUAGUUCCUUAUGGUCUGAACAAAAUUCUACCAAAAUUAGGAUAUAAAACUCUAAAGAGAACAAAAACAAUCUAUAGUUUUGGGAUCCUAAAAUCAUAUUGUUGCUGAUCCCUCAGAUAACUAUGAGGUUAGCGGAUAAUUCCAGUUGCUUAUAAAUAUCAAUUAUCAUGGGACUAUAUCUGUGGCCUUGUUCUUUAUUCAAGUAUUUAUCAACUAAACAAACGUUGUUGCAUAUGAUGUGAUUGAUCACUUGCCACUGCCUGCCCCUUUUUUCUUUAUGCUUGUCUCUUCUUGUCCUUCCUUUACCCCUUUGUUUGUUUCUAUUUUUCUUGUUGCUAUAUUAGACAUUGCAGUAUGCCCAAAAGCUUUUCUUCAUGAAAUAGAAAGAAAAAAACAUUUGGCUUAUUUUUCACUGUAGUUAGUCUUUUAUACAAUAAUCUUGUAAGAAAAUUUCUUGGAUUCUAAAUAUUACUCUUUCUAGAUUUUUGAAAUCGAAAAAGUUUUCAGUAAAAAGUUUCUUACUUUAUUUUACUAUAUUAGGUAGUAAAAAUGUAGGGUUAUUUACCAUAACCUGUUCAUUAAUAUCAGAAAUUUACAAUAGCAUUUUAAGAACAUAGUAGGGUCCUAGCAUACCGUGUAGUACCUAUGGAGUAUUGUAAGAGCUAAUUGUCCAAGAUGAAUUGCUUUAUCAUCUUGUUCUCCAGUUUCCAUUGUUGGUCUCUUGCAGAUUUGUACCCUGUGUCAAAUUCAACGUAUUGUUGAUAACUCUCUUCAACCAGCAGCGAGAAGUUCAAACAUUUCUGUCGAUGUAACAGAAACACAAUAUGUAUAUAACAUUUAUGUAGCAAUAAAUGUGCCAUCCUUUUUUAAA